AAUUUCUUUUUGUUGUUGUUUUGCAAGAAAUUUCUCAUUUUUCUUGGAAUAAAUUUUCAUAAAAAAAGUUUACGUUGAUUGAGUUUGUGUAUAAUUUUAUCAAAAACAAAAAACCGAAAUGAAAAUAUUAUCAAAUUUAUUAAUAAAUAUUUGGUAAAACCAAAGUACAACCUCCAUUUAUCGCCAUCGAAUCCUUACAAUAUUUCGUUCGAAUUUGGACUUGUGUGGGCGUAUGUAGCGAGUUAAGCGAAGAAGACGAAAGCGACGAUCUAAACGACGAAUCUCCAGUUUUGGAAAAUCCCGUUGAAAGACUCCUCAAAUCCAUUCCUUGUCACCUCAACGCCAGCACCAGCGCAACCAUUAGCAAUCAACGGAGGCGUUUCCAUACAUGUAAUGCUUUGAUGUUGAAAGCGAUCCUUGGAAGCGAGUCCGAUCCCACGGAGGACAGUGGCGGUGGUAGUGGCAGUGGAAGCGGUGGAGCUGGCUGCAAUACAAGUAAUAGUGGUGGUGUUGGCGUAAGUGGCAGUUGUAGUGGCAGUGGGUGUUCUUUCACUAGCGGUUGUGAAAAGUCUGGAAGUCGCAAAGGUCGAAAAGGAACUUGUACACGGAAAAUGUCGCACUCUAGCUCGAAUUCGAUUAAAGUGCACAAGUCGGUGUCGCCGGGAAGUUUCAGUUGCAAUGCUCUCAAUGUAGAUUUCUCGUCGUACACAGCUACACAUCAGUGGACUAAAACUCUGGAGUGUGCUGAAUUUGUAGGUGCCAAGAGAAGCAAACACACAGUUGUGGCCUACAAAGAUGCAAUGUUUGUAUUUGGCGGAGACAAUGGCAAAAAUAUGUUAAAUGACUUGAUACGAUUUGGUGUCAAGGACAAGUCCUGGGGAAGAGCCUGUGCGACCGGAACCCCUCCAGCACCUAGAUAUCAUCAUUCUGCCGUCGUUUAUGGAAGCUCAAUGUUUAUGUUCGGUGGAUACACAGGAGACAUACAUUCGAAUUCGAAUCUAACAAAUAAAAAUGAUUUAUUUGAGUACAAGUUUCAGACAGCCAUGUGGGUGGAAUGGAAAUUCUCUGGAAGAAUGCCAGUUCCACGAUCAGCUCACGGAGCAGCAGUUUAUGAUCACAAAAUGUGGAUCUAUGCUGGUUAUGAUGGAAAUGCUCGUCUAAAUGAUAUGUGGACAUUAAAUCUAACUGGUGAAAACCAUCAAUGGGAAGAAAUUGAACAAAAUGGUGAUAGGCCACCGACUUGCUGUAAUUUCCCUGUUGCUGUGGCUAGGGACUGCAUGUACGUUUUUUCAGGACAGAGUGGUUUGCAGAUAACCAAUUCUCUUUUUGAGUUUCAUUUCAAAACAAAAACUUGGCGAAGAAUUUCCAACGAACAUGUCCUCCGCGGUGCUUCGGCUCCCCCAUCUCGCCGUUAUGGUCACACAAUGGUACACCAUGAUCGAUUCCUGUACGUUUUUGGUGGAUCAGCAGAUUCUACAUUGCCCAAUGAUCUCCAUUGCUAUGACUUGGACUCCCAGGUUUGGUCUAUUAUCGCACCAGAGCCAAAUUCCGAUGUUCCAUCUGGACGAGUAUUCCAUGCAUCGGCUGUCAUUAGCGAUGCAAUGUACAUAUUCGGAGGAACUGUUGAUAAUAGUGUUCGUCGAGGUGACACCUAUCGAUUCCAAUUCUCCAGCUACCCAAAGUGUACACUUCGCGACGAUUUCGGAAAAUUCUUCAAUGAGAAGCAAUUCUGCGAUAUUCAAUUUAUCGUUGGCCCAGAAGCAAUUAAAAUCCAAGCGCACAUUGCUUUUGUAGCUGCUCGAUCAAAGUUUUUACGAACAAAAAUAUUAGCAGCUCGUGGAGCCAGCAAUGCAAACUUGCAAAAAUUGAUAGGAACAGUAGAUGUGCCGUUCAACGAUCGGCCUCUACUUGAAGUGCGCUUGUUGAGUGCUCCGCCGGAAGCGUUUGAAAUUAUCUUGAAUUACAUUUAUACAGAUAGAAUUGAUUUGAAGGAUUCGUAUAGCAAGAAUAUUGUUAUUUUGAUAACUGAUAUCUACCAGUUAGCGGGACAAUUUUUAAUGCCUAGAUUGGCACAGGGGUGUAUCCAAUACUUGGACUUCAAGACAUCCAAGCAGAAUGUGUUAGAAGCAUUGUACAAUGCAGAUAGGCAUAAGAUACAAAUAAUCAAAGACCAUUGUAUGCAAUUUAUCGUCAAAGAGGAGAACUUCUCUGACGUUGUGAUGUCAAGUGAAUUUUGUGACUUGGAUAAGCCACUUUUAGUCGAGAUAAUUAGAAAGAGAUUGAAUCCAAGCAAAUCAAAUCCUGAUGCAAACCUCGAGAAGAAUGUUGGAACCACCCUUGAAAGCGAUAUGGCAGUAUUUUUAGAAUCCUGUGGCAAGGAUUUUUGUGAUAUUAAUCUCGUUUUGGACGGUCAAGUUAUUCCAGCUCAUAAAUCGAUUCUUUCAGCUCGUUGUUCAUACUUUCAAGGAAUGUUUCGAUCAUUCAUGCCCCCAGAUAACACAGUUAAUAUUCAAAUUGGAGAAAUUUCGCCAUCAAUUGAAUCAUUUAGCUCUCUCUUACGUUACAUUUAUUAUGGCGAAACAAAAAUGCCCCCACAAGAUGCUCUCUAUUUAUUCCAAGCGCCAUGCUUUUAUGGACUUUCUAAUAAUCGAUUGCAUGCAUUUUGCAAGUACUCUCUUGAACACAAUAUCACAUAUGAAAAUGUGUUGCAAACUUUGGAAGCGGCAGAUUUCACCAAGAUCACCGAUAUCAAAGAGUACGCACUCAAAUUGAUUGUUAAAGAAUUUGCAGCAGUUGCGCGUUUACCCAAAAUGACUGGAUUAAGUCGAGAUUUGCUUUUGGAAAUUAUAAGGGCCGUAGCUGAUGCCCACGGAGAGUUCUUGACCACAAUAAGCAUUAAUACGGAUCUUUGAAAAUUAGUAUUUUUACAGCCGGCGCUAACAAUGCUAUUGGCUUGGUUACAAAUUGGAGAUUGUCGCUGAAUGGUUAAAAGUCAAAGGAGAAAACGAUUUGUAUUUUUUUCUUUAUUUAUUAUACCAACAUAACGUUGUGUUCUGAAAUUCACAUUCUAUUCCUUAGCACAUGUAGUCUUUUUUUUUAAAUUGUGAUAAACAGCAAAAACAAAAUAUAGAAGUAUUAUUUUAUUAUAAGUUGAUUUUAUAUAUUGGCAAAACAUUUUUGUUUUCAUUAUAAACUUUUAAUAACUUUAAUUUAUUACGUACGAGUAGACUUAUAACAUUUUUGUUUAACAAAUUAAAAAUGUUCUUUAUGUAUAUAAUUAAAUUAAGAAAAUAUUCUUUGCUAAAAUAUAGCUGUAUGGGAUUAAACAUUAAAUAAACAUAUAUAUGUAAUGAUGAUGUAGGCUA